AUGAGUACAUCAAAUACAAGUGCAACAAAACCUGAACAAAAUGUUCGAGUUUGGAUGGAUGGUUGUUAUGAUAUGGUACAUUUUGGUCAUGCUAAUGCUUGUCGACAAGCAAAACAAAUGGGUACUUCUUUAAUUGUUGGUGUUCACUCUGAUGAGGAAAUUACUAAACACAAAGGUCCACCAGUAUUUACAGAACAAGAACGAUAUAAAAUGGUUCGUGCUAUUAAAUGGGUGGAUCAAGUUGUUGAGAAUGCUCCAUAUGUAACAACACUUGAAACAUUAGAAGACUAUAAUUGUGCUUUUUGUGUACAUGGUGAUGAUAUCACUGUUACGGCUGAUGGUGUUGAUACAUAUCAUAUAGUCAAAGCUGCUGGGCGCUAUCGAGAAUGCAAACGAACACAAGGUGUAUCAACCACAGAUCUUGUUGGAAGAAUGUUAUUAGUUACAAAAAGUCAUCAUGAACCUGAUGAUAUGUUACCAGAUCCAGAGAAUACACGUCGAAUGAGUUUAUGUAAAGAAAGUGUUAGUCCAUGGACAGGUGCUUCACAAUUUUUAGCAACAACUAAUAAAAUUAUACAAUUUUCUAAUGGUCGUGAACCAAAACCUGGAGAUAAAGUUAUUUAUACAGCUGGAGCUUUUGAUUUAUUUCAUGUUGGUCAUGUUGAUUUUCUUGAAAAAGUAAAAGCAUUGGGUGAUUAUCUUAUUGUUGGUUUACAUGGUGAUCGAGUUGUAAAUCGAUAUAAAGGAAGUAAUCAUCCAAUAAUGAAUAUUCAUGAACGUGUAUUAAGUGUCUUAGCUUGUCGAUAUGUUGAUGAAGUUGUUAUUGCUGCACCUUAUUCUGUAACAAUGGAUUUAAUUAAUCAUUUUAAAGUUUCGCUUGUUGUUCAUGGUCAAACAGAUUAUGAACCUGAUGUUGAUGGAAGUGAUCCAUAUGAAGUACCUAAGAAACUUGGUAUAUUUCAACAAAUCGAUAGUGGAAAUCCAUUGACAACACAGGAUAUUAUUACACGUAUUAUUGAUAAUCGAUUACAAUAUGAAAAACGUAAUAAGAAAAAAGAAGCAAAAGAAGCAGCUGCAUAUGAAGCAUUUCAAAAAUUAAAAGCUGAAAAUCGAAAUGAAUCAACAGCUGUGAAUAUCGUAUAA